UCCCGCCCCCUCGGAGCCCGCCGGGCGGGAGGGCGGCGCUUCCGGGGGCCAGCGAGAGGAGCGGGCACCGGGGCGGCCUGGCACCCCUCAGCUGGGUGCCGACCCACCUCGAAACUGCUCGCCCGCCUGGGCGGACUAUGCCUGAGUGUGCUUCGAGGAGGCAGCCUAUAGCCCUCGUGCUCGCCCCGUGUCUGAGGGGCCUUCUUGCACUCUUAACUGUAGAUGCCUACCAGCGAUUCAGGGCUCCCGGGAGUACAGAGAGGGGCGAGGGAACGCUUGAGACCCGGACGCUGUCAACCAGAUGGGCACUGCUGGGCGUCGACGCCAGCCCCGUUACCAGUGUAUCCUAAUCGGGAGAUGGUGUCAGGACACGAGGGCACUCCCCGGGCAGAUCGCCUCUCACUGGGUAGUGGGCAAAAACCUUCCUUUAAUGUUUGCACUUGGAUCCUUGAGCCUCCAACUAGAUAUCUGCCAGCUCUUACAGAAUUAUGAGAAGUUUAGAACUUGUUGUCAGGGCUCCCGGCCUGUUAACCUGACGCCCGGUGGGGGAGACUGCUGCAAUCCCAAAGCUCAGGUGCAAACAAUCUUAAGGAAUUAACAGAAGAAAUAAAACAAAAUAGAAACUUGCUCUCUUCCUCAACACACCUCCAUCCCCUUUGCUGACUUAGGUUUUCAGCUUCUUACCCAUGCUUCUUAUGUUUCCUUCUCAGCGGCUUUCUAAUUUUAGUUCAAAAGGAACUAUGUCUUCUCUGGGCAACUGAGAAACCUGUCCUCACUGCAUUCCUUGGUUGUGAUUCCAAUAUCCUGUCAUGUUUGUUCCUUAAUUAACUUCAUCCAAGGAGACUCAGUCUGGCUUUUCUCAGUGCAUUCUCCCAAAGUUCUUUCUUCUUCUGAGGUUACUUCUUGUUCACUUAUUGUUUCCUAGAGAAAGGUAUGAGCCAGUAGAUCUGCUUUAAACGAUGAAUUGACUCAAGUUUCCCGUUACACAGAUUUCAUUACAGAUGGAAGGACACUGACUGUUUCAAGGUGCACUGGCAUGCACUGUCUAAAACUGUUUCAUGCUGUACCCCAGAAGGCAUUCAGUUUCACAGUGGAGGGCUGUAUUGAGGUGGCAUUCUGGAUUACGAUUUUUAGGGCUAGGAAGUUUACAGUGUUGGCCAGCCUCACAGGCUGCAGAGGGAGUAAUGGUGGAAUCCAGACCGCAGCAGUAAUUUCAAUUACUAACAUAAAGAAACCCAUUGUCUGCAAUAAUGAAUAUAACUGCAGUGUCUUGUUUUGUUUUAAAUUCUUGUGUGUGAUGAAGGGGGCGAAUCUAUCAGACAACCUAUCAAUUGGGCUGAUGAUGUCAGUGUUCCAGUGGCUUCUAACAGGCAUUAGUACCUGUUGGAAAUGGAUUCUCAUUGGCUGGGGCAAUUGAUUCACAGACCAGCAUGGCUGCCACUGCCGCUGUCAGUCCCAGUGACUACCUGCAGCCUGCUGCCUCCACCACCCAGGACUCCCAGCCAUCUCCCUUAGCCCUGCUUGCUGCAACAUGUAGCAAAAUUGGCCCCCCAGCAGUUGAAGCUGCUGUGACACCUCCUGCUCCCCCGCAACCCACACCGCGGAAACUUGUCCCUAUCAAACCUGCCCCUCUCCCUGUCAGCCCCAGCAAGAAUAGCUUUGGAAUCUUGUCCUCCAAAGGAAAUAUACUUCAGAUUCAGGGGUCACAACUGAGCGCCUCCUAUCCUGGAGGGCAGCUGGUGUUCGCUAUCCAGAAUCCCACCAUGAUCAACAAAGGGACCCGAUCAAAUUCCAAUAUCCAGUACCAGGCGGUCCCUCAGAUUCAGGCAAGCAGUUCCCAAACCAUCCAAGUGCAGCCCAAUCUCACCAACCAGAUCCAGAUCAUCCCUGGCACCAACCAAGCCAUCAUCACCCCCUCACCGUCCAGUCACAAGCCUGUACCCAUCAAGCCAGCCCCCAUCCAGAAGUCGAGUACGACCACCCCGGUGCAGAGCGGGGCCAAUGUGGUAAAGUUGACAGGUGGGGGCGGCAACGUGACGCUCACUCUGCCCGUCAACAACCUCGUGAACACCAGUGACACUGGGGCGCCCACUCAGCUCCUCACUGAAAGCCCCCCAACCCCGCUGUCUAAGACUAACAAGAAAGCAAGGAAGAAGAGCCUUCCUGCCUCCCAGCCCCCUGUGGCUGUGGCUGAGCAGGUGGAGACGGUGCUGAUUGAGACUACCGCUGACAACAUCAUCCAGGCAGGAAACAACCUGCUCAUUGUUCAGAGCCCUGGUGGGGGCCAGCCAGCUGUGGUCCAGCAGGUCCAGGUGGUACCCCCCAAGGCUGAGCAGCAGCAGGUGGUGCAGAUCCCCCAGCAGGCUCUUCGGGUGGUACAGGCGGCAUCUGCCACCCUCCCCACUGUCCCCCAGAAGCCCUCCCAGAACUUUCAGAUCCAGGCAGCUGAGCCGACACCUACUCAGGUCUACAUCCGUACACCUUCCGGUGAGGUGCAGACAGUCCUUGUCCAGGACAGUCCCCCAGCAUCAGCUGCGGCAACCUCUAACACCACCUGUAGCAGCCCUGCAUCCCGUGCUUCCCAUCUCAGCGGGACCAGCAAAAAGCACUCAGCUGCAAUUCUCCGAAAAGAACGUCCCCUGCCAAAGAUUGCCCCUGCUGGGAGCAUCAUCAGCCUGAAUGCAGCCCAGUUGGCAGCAGCUGCCCAGGCAAUGCAGACCAUCAACAUUAACGGUGUCCAGGUCCAGGGCGUGCCUGUCACCAUCACCAACACAGGCGGGCAGCAGCAGCUGACAGUGCAGAAUGUUUCUGGGAACAACCUGACCAUCAGUGGGCUGAGCCCCACCCAGAUCCAGCUGCAAAUGGAACAAGCCCUGGCCGGAGAUACCCAGCCCGGGGAAAAGCGGCGCCGCAUGGCCUGCACGUGUCCCAACUGCAAGGAUGGGGAGAAGAGGUCUGGAGAGCAGGGCAAGAAGAAGCAUGUGUGCCAUAUCCCUGACUGUGGCAAGACGUUCCGUAAGACAUCCUUGCUGCGUGCCCACGUGCGCCUGCACACUGGUGAGCGGCCCUUUGUCUGCAACUGGUUCUUCUGUGGGAAGAGGUUCACACGGAGUGACGAACUCCAGCGGCAUGCUCGUACCCACACAGGGGACAAACGCUUUGAGUGCGCCCAGUGUCAGAAGCGCUUCAUGAGGAGUGACCACCUCACCAAGCAUUACAAGACCCACCUGGUCACGAAGAACUUGUAAGGCCAACUGCGGUGGGAGGCCCUGAAGAUGCAGUCCCCCACCUGUGUCCUCCCUGGGCCCCUGCUGGAAAAGGAGCCCUGUGGCUGCCUUGGGCCCGCCCUCAGCCCCACUCCUGUUCUUUGACUGUCCCCACAGAAAGGGACUCUGCUCCCUGUACUGUCCUCCUUCCGAAGCCCCUUGGCUCUGCCUUGGCCCUUCCCCUCACCACGAGCUCCCGGCCUGCCCAGACUGUGGACACUGGCCAUGCCCAAUGAGACGUUCUAAACCAGGACGCGUGGGAACCCUUAUUUCCAAAGGAAAAACAUGCAUUUCACUCCGUCGAGGAGCAAAGUGAGCCCCCACUCCCUACCCCAAUCCCCGCUCCCAACACUGCCGGAGUCGCAUCGUGCCAUGCCCCCUCUCCUGCACCUCCCCGGCCCUGUUCACUACUGUGGACACCCUGGGGCUCGGCACCCACCUCUGGAGAGACUCGGGGCCACCUCCACUCCAUGUGCCCAGCCCUGCCAUAACCUCUCCUCCAGCACAUUCCAGCUCUAUUUAAAAAGUAAAGAUACCCACCGACUCCUCCUGAUCCCUCUUUUUCUAUGGAGAACGUUGCCUUAUACUCUCUACUUCAGAUGAUGAACACUGUGUACUGUGUGUGCUUUAAAGAAGUUUAUUUAAUUGCUCCCUUCUUUCCUUGUUAUUCACCCCCCACAUGCCUGCUUUCAGUUGAGGGUUUUGGGGGGCAAUGAUGAGCAUAUGAAUUUUUUUCUCACUCUAGCAAUUCCCUUUUCUAAAUGACACAGCAUUUCAACUCAAAUCUGAAUUCAGAUAACACCUGCACAUCCUGAACCUCCUCCCUCUCCCUUCAUCUCACCCCCGACCGGCCCAAGCUCUACUUGUGUACAGUGUAUAUUGUAUAAUAGACAAUUGUGUCUACUACAUGUUUAAAAAACAUAUUGCUUGUUAUUUUUGAGGCUUUUAAAUUAAACAAAAAUCCAACUUUAUUUUUAGUUGUAACUGCUUGAGGUAUGUUUUAUGAAUUAAGUGACAGAUUUGUUAUCCUCUAUUAACGUACUUUGUUGGUCGGCACUGGGCUGACAAAAAUUUUUUCUUGCUAAUAAAUUUAGUUGCCUGAGGCAAAAUCUGCAA